UUUAGUAGAAGACUGCUCUCGAGUUUCACCGACUUACUUAGGACCAUGCACGGAGAAAACCGGCGUCAGUCCGCGAGAACGAUUUGUCGAGCGUGGUAGAACGCGUGCCGCUUCGAAAACACGCACAUAAUCGAAAGAGAGAUUCACAAGAUUCAACACUGUGAAUCCGGACGACACAUACCUAAUGAUAUUUCGCGAUCGUUCGUGACUAUAAACGUGUAAUAACGUGUAAUCGCUAAACAUUAAAAAUAUUAAAUAAUCGAAUCAUUAUAUACCAAAUAAAAAUAAACACAUUUUCGAGACAUUUAGACGACUGUCCUAAAUUAAUUGUCAAAUCAAGUGGAAAGUAUAUUCUCGAGUAUACGAGAGUAGAAAAAUUCCCGGAGAUUUUCAUACGAAACUAAUAAAUUAUUUAUUAAAUGGAAAGUGAAUGAACAUACAAUUUCUUGUGCUCUUGCAUUAUACGUUGCUAAGUUAAUUUAUGUGAUAAGAGUUCAACGAAUGAAACACGUGAAAAGAGCAAAAAUAAUUAUAAGAGUACCUGAAGAGACGAGAUUGGCGGUGCGGUAAUUAAGGACCUGAAGAGAGAAACAAAAGGUUCUGUAUGAGCCCUGAGGGAAUCUUCGGCCUGUGCAACAGGAAGAACGCGAUUUUCGUUAUCCUGUGUACAGCUGCGAUCUGCGUGCACCUGUUCAGUGAAGAAACCGAAGUGAAAACAGUGGAGGAAAUUAAUCACGGCAACGUGGAGGAGCUACAAGAGAGCUGGUGUUUCGACGACGAGGAAUUGUCCCUGUUUCGAUCGCAUUGCAACGAUGUGGAGAACAUUUUAUCUGCUUUCGUUGAUGCUUUUCACGUUCGAUUUCCCUCGUGAUAGCCUCGCCAAACCAGAGCGCGUUCAAGCCGACCUCGUUAAGCAAGAUGAUGAUCCGAACUUUCGGGUGGAAGUACGAAGUCAGUCGGACGUUGGGAGGGAAAACACGGGUGAAGUGGUUGGUAAAUGGCGAAAUAACGGCGAAGCCCUGGAACCGAAAUGGCGAGACGGAGACACGGUUCCCUUGCUUCCGUUUUCCCAAUAUACUCGCUACACCGGGGACGAGAUAGAAAAUAGUGAGGAAGAGGAUAACUACGAUCAUCGUGGGUCAAAUUAUCCUCCGAAGAAUGGGCGACAAAAUUCGCUCCGUUUGAGAAACAAUCCUAGACUGUCUUACAAAAGUUACGGUGACUAUGAAUCGAUAGAAAGCAGACGUGGAUACCGCGAUCGAGAACGAGAACGCGAAGACAUCUCGCCGCGAAAGAGAAAUCGGCCCUGGAUCAGCGAAAACGCGGCUACUAUCAAGGAGACUGGCAGCAGAAAGGAACAACAAAGUACAGAAAUAAAGGAAGAUAGAGAGAUACCAGCGAUGAGAUAUCGAGAAGCUUUCCAAGUACGUCCAAAUGAAUACGAGCACGAAUUCAGCGAUGAUGAGUAUUUAAAGCCCCGGCCGCGGAAGAGGAGACCUCCACAAAAUUACGAAUUCGCUCUGGCAGAGAACGAAACGACGUACAACAAUUCUGGAACUUGGCUCCGGGCAGACGAUCGACAGAGCGCAUCCGAAUCAACGACUAAAAAUGCCAUGGAAUUGAAAUCUUUGUUGAAGAUGCAACAAGAAGAAGGUUUAAGUUUAUCGGAAAUACUUCAACAAAGAAAUCUAACUUUAAACGAUCUUCUAAAAGGUAAAGCCGACGUAAUUAACGCUUUAAAGAUGAAAGAUGUUGAUAAGACCGAGGAUUAUAUCGUAGAAGUGGAGGUGACGACGAACUCAUUAGCGAAAGUUUCCGCUUCUACUACGAAGAAACCGGAAUUGGCUGUUUCGGAGUUCAUCAAGCUAAAAGAUUCUCAGGACAAAGAAUUCAUGAUUUCGAUCGGCACAAUGAGUCCUGUUUUGCGUAAUGAUCCCACGAGAGGGUCCUCGGUUGGAACGAGCCAGGAUGAGCCGCGUUUAGAAACUACAAAUGCAACGAUUGGAAAAUCGAUUCUACUUAGCGUCGAUUCCUAUGCAGAUCCGCGGAGCAAAGUCGCGGUUACGACACAAAUGCCGUUGCCGAUUGCAACGAAUGCUAUGGAACUGUUGCAAGCCAACGAUGCCACCGUGAAAUCACGGGACGGUGGUGAAAUCAAAGCGGACAAUUUAGACGAAGACGAAAUCAUGGAAUUCUCCGAUUUCACCGAUUACAAGAAGGGAGGAAACGGCAUGUCUCCUGUUUGGUUGAUGAUGAAAGACGGUAAACCCCCGUUAAAAGAUGCUAAGAUCCGUGUCGAAGACGGAGGUUCGACAUUAAGUAUAGAGAAAAUAUUAAGUCCGACGGAACGUUCGAAACCAACGAAUAAUCUCUCGAAUCCUGAAAACAAAAGGCACUCGGUUGAGAGAACUAAGAAGGUCGAGGAUAAAGAUCAAAUGGUGAAUGCCAAAUACUCCACUGAAGGGGAUUAUAAUACUUCUUCUGAGAAAGAUUAUCAGAAUGAUGCACCGAUGUAUUACGAUUUAGAGUACAGCACACAAAUCAGUAGUUCUACCGAUGAGAACGAUAUGAGAAAACUAAUAAUACAAGAAAUAGAAUCUGCGUUGAACGCAAUGUCUCGUGAAGAAAACAUCACGGUAGAGAAUAGUCAACCGGCUACCAAGCCCUUGUCUGUUGUAAAUGAAAGCGACGAUAAUUUAAAGAAUCAUCAAAACAUAAAUACGUCUGAGAAAAAGAGUUAUGAUGAAAUUAUAUCGGAAGUGGAACCUGAAGCUCGAGCGGAAAUUUUUGAGCUGUUCGCUUCAGGAUCCGCGGGAAAAAGAUUGGAGCGUCUUCUUAAGUCGAGGAACAUGAGUUUAGAAGAACUCAUCGCGUUGAGACAGAGGGGAUCCAGUAAAGUUCAUUUGGCAGAAGUAUCACGGAUCAGAACGCAGAAAGUAACCACUGUCUCCCCACGUGCAGAAGUUUUUGGCGAGAGUAGAUAUAUCAUUAAACACGAAGACAAUUUCAAUAAAGGAACGGGCAAUGAUGUAUCACAGUCGACAGAAAAUGUGAACAGUGAUUUAACAAAUCCAGUUCGUUCCGCAGAAAGUACAACUGAACAAUACCUGCCUAGUUUAGAAUCAAUAUUCAGUAACGACAAUACAGACCAUAACAUUGAUAGCGUUACAAAGAAAGAUGAAAAUAAGACAACCGAGGAAGGACAUCGUACAGUUCAAAUCGUUGAUCUGUUAACAACUUUCGGUUCCAUGCCAUUCAUGAAAAACAUUCAGAAAGACCGUGCGGGUCAGUAUAACAGCGAAGACGAAAAAAGCCUUUUGCAAAACAGCAAUAUUGGUGUGGUGCUCAUAGACAAGGAAGCGGAAACCAUAAGUAUAAACGAUAGUUCAAAUUUGAUGGAAUCCGGCUUCGUUAAGGAAAUCGUAAAGGAGGAGCCAAAUUCUAUCGACAUCCAGACAUUGUACAGUGAAACGAAUGACAUCCUCAGAGAGAAUAAAGAGAAGAACGAAAAUGGAAAGAUCUUCUCGAAGGUGAAACCCAGCAUAAUAGCAAGUGGCGCUAUUCUUGGCGUCACUCUCGUAGUUUUCCUAGGAAUAUUCAUCAUUUGUAGGAUUCGGCAAAAGCAGAAGUACAGAUAUAGAAAUACAUUCUCCAGGGCAGUAUUUCAAGGACCAAUGUUGACGGCUAGAAAGCUGUCGAAUUCGAGUAGCUUGAGUACCGUCAUGGUAAACGUGGUGGCCACUUCGACGGCAAAAAGGCCAGACAAAACUGAGGCUCAAGAAACAGUAAAAGAAAUAGAUUCCAGGGCCGAUAUCGAUAAUGACUCGCUGGACGCAAAUGACAGCUGGGAAACCAUACCUGACUACAUGAAAUAAAACGAACUAAAUGCAUACCUAAAGUACCUACGUGUAUCCUUUUAGGAAAACAGCAGUAUUCUCGUAUUAAUGUUAAGUGUAGUUUUACACUAUGGAAACAUUAAGAAUAUAUUGUAUGAGUUUUGAAACCACUCUAUUAUCAGUGAAAAGCGUGGGUUAUAUAAUAGAAAUAUAAUGUUCAUUGAUCAGUCAACGUUUUUAUGACAACAAAUCUAUAGACUGGUUUAGCAGACGUGGGCGUUUGUACAUACUAUUGUAUAGAGUUUCAAAUAAAUAUUAUUCUAAUUACUGGUAGAAUGCAGCGUAAUUUAUAAUUAUAAAUUAAUGUAAUUUUAUUA